AUGUGGCUCUUGGAUGACUGUAGUGAAGCGAAGCACGCGAUUCCACCAUUCCUGAUGCAGUGUCUGGCAAAGGACGUAACCACGUCCACAGCUUUAGCUAGUCGACGCGUUGCCGACUUUCCUUCUCUGCACGAGGAUCUGACGAUCAUAGAUUUUGGCGAGAUAUUCACUGGAUGUAAUUCUACACGAAUCGUGAAGUUGAUUAACGAUGGAGACUACGAAGUGGAAUUUGGUACUACAGUUACCUCGACAUUAAAGAAUGACGUCCAUCCUUUUAGUCUGAUCCCGAGUUUCGGGAAGGUGGAAUCGUUAAAAGAAGCCCUCAUUCACAUAGUCUUCAAAUCUGACUCGGUUUUUUGGUUUUCGCCUCAAACAACCAAAUUUCUCGGUGUUAUUACCAUCAUGAAUGGACCAGCAUUCGCACUUGACUUGCGGGGACGAGUCACUGCAAAUCCAGUUGACAUUUCACCCAAUCGACUGAAUUUUGGACCUCAAUUUGUACAAGAAGUGGGACUGGGUGUAAUCACAAAAUGUUUGCAAAUUUCAAAUAAGAGCUUGGACAAAGCGGUUUACGUUGCUUUUGUUUCCUCCACCUUGCCCGAAUUCGCUUGUGACUUCACUCCUCAAAUUCUUCAACCCACCUCCGUAACAUACGCUCGAGUCACUUUUCAUCCCUCCGCAUGCAAGAGCUAUGAGGGUAAACUAUGCUUUCUGGUAAAUGAAAAGGCGAAAAUUAAGACACCCGUCAAAGGAAGUGGUGUUAAACUUGACUUGAAAAUAAUAUGUGGUUGUUUAAUGAUAAAUCAGACGAGAGAAGGAACCAAUAAGACACUUGUCAAAGUGAAAGAUACUAAACAGGCGGAGACAUCGGUGGUGCAUCUUGGAAACCUCACUUUCAUGCAGUGUAGUCACCGUACUGUUGGGAUAGUUAACAAAAGUCUGGUUCCUAUAACAAUAACUGGUGCUUCAGUACUGCCGAAGUCAAAGGCACUUAAUGAAGUCCUUGUAAACUCACUCACCUCAAAGCCAAAGAGUGCAGAGAUAAUUUCCUUGAGGUUCCUCCCUCCAACUCCAUUUACAAGCACUAAUAGAAGGUCUGAAAGGAUGAUGCAAGACAGCUGCGAGGUCAAUCGCCUAUUAUUGCCAUCCAAAGAGUCAACGGCUCAAAUUGAAAUUACUUUCUCGCCACAGGAUCUUCCUAUUAUGCCAUUUUCUGAGGAGGUUAAAUUACGAAUUUCCACUCCUAGUAAUCCGAGUAGGAGUAUCUGGAUUCCUGGUUUUAUAAUUUGUGGAAAGUGUACCGGCGCAAAGGUAGUUAUGGGGACGUCAGUGGUAAAUUUUGGCAGUGUGGUGGUUGGAAGUAGCUCCUCUAAAACUGUUGCCGUCUCGAAUUGUGGAAACGAAGAUGCAAGAUUUAAGUGGGUUGAGAAGACGCUGCCCAGACACAUUGUGUCAGUCGAACCCAAACGAGGAAGCAUCCAUCCAAACACAUCAGUGAACUUCAAAUUCACUUUCAGACCCCGUCAAGAGAAUCAGGAACUUCAUAUUCAGAAUGUUGCUUGCAACGUGGAGGGGUCGAAGCCUCUACUAGUGACCCUAAUUGGAGUCUGCUCAGCGUCUCCCGAGGUGCCGGAAGUCGUGCAAUUCGCCUGUGCGGUGCGUGAAAAGAACACACAGAGUGUGAGCCUUUCGAAUCCCACAAGCAGUGUGUGGACAGUCAAGCCUGUGUUCACUGGUACUGAAUGGAGUGGUAAGGAAAUCCUUCAUAUUCAGCCAAAGGAAAGCAUCGAAUAUGCCAUCACAUAUCAUCCUCUGAAAAUGACCUCAAACGAUGAAUUCCACAAGGGGGCGGUAUUUUUUCCAUUGCCAAAUGGCUCGGGAUUGAAGUACUACCUUGAAGGCAUAUCCAACCCUCCGAAUGCUCUGAAACCCAAAACAACGGUCGAAAUUCCCUGUAGACGAACAUAUAACCUCUACAUUGAUGUUCCCAAUUGGUUGUUAAAGGUCCAAAGGUUUUGUGUCACUUGGAAAACAUCAAAUGAGUCGGAUUUUAUCUUCACCGGACCUCAAUUCAUCGAUGUGCCAGGAGGGAGCUCUAAGAAAUACUUACUUUCGUGUCAGGGUCUGAGUGAAGCAUUUACCACUUUGAAAAUAACCUUUUCAAGUACCGAAACUGACGAGUACCAAUUCGUAGAGUACCAGAUUCGAACGGUUAGACCUAAACCAGAGGGUCUAAUUGAAUUGAAAACCCCGCUAAGGAAGGCUGUUACCUACCCCUUGAGACUGGAGAAUCCUCUACCGAGCGAUACUGUUGUGACGCUCCACUCUACACUACCUGAACUGCUAUGUCCACCGGAAUACAAGCUGACCUCCCAUUCGAAGAGUAUACUUAACCUUGACUUCAAACCCUGGCGCGUUGGAAAAUUCAGUGGCAGCCUUGAAAUAAAUAGUCCGGAUCUGGGUCUUAGUGUCUAUGACCUAAACUUGGAAGCGCUAGAGCCCUUGCCUGAAAAAACAGUUCAAUUUCAAGCAAGUCUCGGCCAUUCUGACACAGCUACUGUGAACAUCUCCAACCUCAGUCGAAGUAGAGCCGAAUUCACUUGCAAGAUUAACAAUACCGCCUUCCGAUGCAAGAGGUCAGUGCUUGUAGCCACCAAUUCGUCAGCCGAACUGGAGGUUACAUUUGAACCAAACAGCUUAGGCGUGUUGGAGAGCACUUUAAAAGUGACCAGCAGUCAAGCAGGGUCAUUCAUUUUUCCGCUUUACGGAUUCGCUAAGCUGCCAACACCCCAGGGUCCCAUCCUUGUUUCUACUACCGUACCGACCUCGGUGGCAGUGAAGAAUGUCUUUUUGGAGCCAACAGAAUUCUCUUUAGAGGUUGACAACACUGCAUUCCAAGUUGAUUGUUCCGCUAGAUUGGUGAAUCCGCAAAAAGAAUUAAGUAUUUCUGUUACUUUCGACCCCAAAGACCACUCUUCUAACGUCCAUGGAAAACUUGUUGUCUCGUGCAAGCCUUCAUCACAGGACACCCACAUCCAAUGGGUUUUUUAUCUCGAAGGAGCCACCGUGGCAUGA